AAUUCACCACCUUCACCUGAUCAAAAUAUUGAUAUUGAAAUGCGUGAUGUUCAAUCUGAUGAAAAUGAAAAUAUACCUUUCAAUAUUCUUGAAUCAGAAAAAUGUAUGAGUGAUGGUUCUGAUAUAGUGGAAUUUAACUCAAAUGUUGAUGAUAAUGAUGGUGAAUCAUCAUCAUCAUCAUCGUAUACUACUAAUAAUGAAAAAAAUGUUAGGAAAAAGCAAACGCAAAAUAGUCAAAAGCGAAUAACGAAACUUGAUCAUAUUAAAGAUAAAAGAUUACAAAAUCAUCCGAAAGUUAAUAAGAUUAUUACUCGCAAUGAAAAAUUUAGAAAACAUAGUAAAACUAGUAACUGUUUAUUAACAGAAGGAAUACGUCCACUUACAAGUUAUUUUGUAAAUUCUACAAAAUCUCACCAAAUUUCAUGUAUUGGAUUGAGAGACGAGAAGCACUUAGAGUAUUUACAAAGAAUUGGUGGAAUUAUACAUUAUGGUGGUGCACCACGUGUUGAAGUAUUGGCAAAAGAAUUAUUUCCAAUAAAAUUUGACAAAAAUUUUAGUUGGAAAAUGUUGACAAAUAAUGAAAAAAUCAAAUUAGAGAAUGAGUUAGUUGCAAGGGCAAAAUGGCGCAACGAUUUUAAUUCUAAUUGUAUUCGAAGUGUAAAAUGUAAAAUUACAACAACAAAUAAAGGAAGAAUUUGUAAAAAAUUUAUGAAGUUAAAUAGUAACAAAAUUUUAAUGAAUGCAAUUGAACUGCCAAUUCCAAAAAUAGAGAAUCGAAAAUUUACACCAAAAUUUAUAAUUAAAAAAAAUCCGAUCUUCAAAUACUUAAAUGACUCUAAUCUGAAUGAACUUUAUUAUUCAGUAGAUUCAAAGCAAGACUCAUUUUGGCCAAUAUUAGCAGAAAAAGGACGGCAAGGAGUAUUCAAAAAUAAAAAAGUUUUUGAAGGACUUUGUAAAGUUAUGCUGGAAAUAGCUAAUCGUGAACAAAAUAAUAAAGGAAAUCAAAAUUUGCAAUAUACCGAAAACUUUGCAAAUUUUACAACUAUUUUGGCAUUAUUGGGAACAAGAGGAUAUGAAUUGUUUAAGUAAAAUUUAGCUGGACGUAUACUUCGUAAUAUUAGAUUACAUCAUGCACAAUCAGACGAUGCAAUUAUUAAUACAGAACUUUGUUAUGAGAAUAUGGUGCGAUUUAAAAGAUUUGCCGAUUCAUUAAAUUACAAUGGCCCAGUUGCUGCUAUGACAGAUAACACUAAAUUAAAAGAACGUCUUAGUUAUUCAGCAACUUUAGGCUGUGUUAUUUGAUCAACUUUAUCAACUUCAGAAACAAAAGCAUCAAAUUAUAAAGAAAUCAUUGCAAUUAUUGAUAAAAUAAAGGUCAAAAAUGCUAUAGCAAAACAAGUUCGAG